AUGUCAAAAGUUUGUGAAAAUAAUAGAGGUAACUCAACAAUAGCUGGAAAACCACUUGAAAAUGAAACAUUAUCAAGUUCUAAUUCAUUUAAAAAAUCAAAAUUUUCUAAAUUGGCACAUUUUGCCAUACGAUCAACACCCUCAUCAAGCAAUUCAUCAACAAUUGUACCAUCAAAAGACAGUACAUCAUCAAUUACAGCACCAUUUUCAUUUUCUGGAAGGAAUACUGUACCCACUAGAAAGAGUACCAUUAUUGAGGGUGGUGGACAAAAAAAUACACAAUAUAGUGUAUCAAGUUUACUUCCAUCAAGACCAUCAUUAAUAUCACCAACAUCAGGGCAACCCUCAACAUCAUCAUCUAGAAUUGGUAAUAGUAGUUCUAUUGAUACAAAAUAUCAUACAUUAACAUAUACAUAUACUGUUGGAAAGUAUUGGGAUAAAUUUGAUGGAUUCUCAGCUAUUGGUGGUGAAGAAAUUAGUAUUCUUACAUUUAAUAGAAAAAAUAAUGUCAAAGCACCUGUUAGAGUUGGAAGGAUAAAAAAUAGAUUAUCUUUACUUGAUUUAUUAAGAUAUGAAAUUAAUCAAUUAACAUUAUUACCAAAUCCUAGAAUUCUCCAUAUACUUGAACCAUUAGAAGAUACAAAGGAUGCAUUAACAAUACCAUGUGAACAUAUUUAUCGUACUCUUGAUACAAUGGUAAUUCAUGAUGGAAUAACAAUUCUUGAAUCAAAACUAGGUGCUCUCCAAAUAAUAGAAGGUCUUAUAUAUCUUCAUAAUACAGCACACAUAUUACAUGGAAAUUUAACACCUAGUGCUAUAUAUGUAACAGGAAAUGGUUUAUGGAAAAUAGGUGGUUUUGCAUUUAGUGUCUCUGCCAAUGAUGCUAAUAUGUAUCCCUGUUAUCCAUGGACUAAAAAAUUAUCACCUGAUCUUCAACCUGAUCUUGAUUUUCUUGCACCAGAAUAUCUAGAAAAAGAUAUUCAAUUUGUUACAAAUGCUGCUGAUGUCUUUAGUUUUGGUGUUCUUAUUUGUUGGAUAUAUACAGGAGGUAAAAGAAUAAUUGAAGCUAGAAAUAAUCUUGAAACAUAUCAUAUAGUUGUUGAUCAAUUAGAUAAAUGUCUUGCAUCUAUAGGUUUUGAAAUUGGUGAACCAUUAUUAUCACAGAUACGUGAUGUCUUGUCAAAAGAUGUUUCUAAAAGACCAACAAUGCAAGGGUUAGCAUUAAGUAAACAUUUUAAAGAUCCUGCUGCAUCAGUUUUAAGACAAUUAGAUGAUUUGGGACAAUUAUUUGAUCCUGAUCAAAAAUCACUAUUUUUAAAAGAAACAGUUUCUAAAGUUUUAGAAGAUAUUCCAGAACCAAUAUGGUUUUCAAGGAUUGUUCAAAGAUUUAAUCAAAGUUUGAUUGGUGCUAUUGAAUUGUAUCCAGCAAUAAUGAAACCAUUAUGUGUAAUGCUUGACAAAUGUGAAUCACAUAAUAUUAAAAAAUUAGAUGUCUGGUUUCAUCGUAUAUUUGAGAGGAUGCCCUUAGAGGAGGUUGAGGAUAUCGUUCUCGAGUACCUACCAAUUCUUUAUAAAAAAUUAGGUGAUAAUUUAAUUCAAGAAAAAUGUUUAGAUUUUAUUUAUAUGAAUAUAGCUUCUCCAGAUGAGAGUCAUAUUAAAAUUGGAUUAAAUGCAUGUAAAAAAAUAAGUAUGAAUAUACCAAUGGCUUUUAUUAUGGAUAUUUUAAUACCAAUAUUUCGAGGAUAUGGAAAAUAUCUUGAUGAUAAUCCCACUAGACAAGCUGAUUUUUUAAGUUUAAUUGAAGAUAUCACAACUAGAUGUAAUGAUAGAGAACUAGAAAUAAUUCUUCCACUAACUUCAAUAGCCAAUUCUUUACAUACAAUUGUUGUUUAUGCAAAAGCUAGACUUGUCCUUUCAUUAUGUCUUAAUGGAGCACAAAGAUUAAAAAAUCAUGUUAUUGUAACUCAUGAUCUUUUACAUCCAUUAAAUCUUGGUUUAGGAUUAAUGGAAAUGGAAGAUAAAUAUUUUAGUGAAAUUCUUCAUGCAAUGGCACAACUUGUUGAACAAUUACAAUGGCUUAGGCAAAUAAAAACCAAAAAAGAAAAUAAAGAUGGUUUUUUAAAAGUAAAUGGUGAUUCAAAGGAACAGUCUGUUUCUGUUGUCAAUUUACCUAAACUUAUUGUUUCUGAGGCCUUUACUAAUGACAAUAGAAAGAUGUCUUUUCUUUCAGCUGAUGGUAGGCUUGAUGAUAGACAUUUCCGAAGAUACUCCAAAGAUAGUAGAAGUUCUAUAGAAUCAGAAUGUUCAUAUAAAUUAAGUAAGACAAGUGAUGUUAGUGAUGAUUCUUAUAAAUUAAUUGAAAUUGGUGGCAGAAGAAAAAAAAGUUGGUUAAGUAGUUAUAAUAAACAAAGUACCUCUUUUGAUCAGGGUAAUGCCCCAAGUCCUCUUCUUGAUUCACCAACAAGAUUAAUUAGACGUGGUGCGAGGAGUGUUCGUUCUGGAGGGAGAUCACGUACCGGAUCACCAGCAUAUAUAGAUGCCAGUGUCUCAAACAGCCCAAAUAGAAAAGAUUCAGGGAAACCGAAUAUAUUUACUAAUUUAAGUCAUAAUUUAACAUGCACAUUACGUAAUACUUUUUCAUAA